CAUGCAUGCUUUCCAUUUUUUUGUCAAGCCCAUGAAUCACUCUUAACUUUAUCUAUAUAGCAUCAGCAUUUGGCUGUUUUUAUAUGCUUUGUUAUCUAGGGCUUUUGGAGAGUGAGAGUGGGUUUUAGUGAAAUUGAACUGGUUUUUUUUUUUUUUUUUUUGGGUUUGGUGCUGAGCUCAAAAUGGCUUCUACUUCUUCUUCUCAGAAAGAGCAAGAAGAUGAGCUCAAAGAGGCGGGAAAUUCACUUCUUAGGCCACCUUCCUCGGUUGAUGAACUCCUGAACCUAUUAGAUAAAGUAGAGAGCCUCUUAUCCAUGGUAUGGCAAGCACCCUCCAAAUCAAUGCUAGAUGCACUUCUACCCUCAAUGAAUGCACUGAUCGCUGAUCAACUAUUGAGGCACUCUGAUAUAGAUGUGAAAGUUUCGGUAGUAUCUUGCAUUACUGAGAUUACAAGAAUAACUGCACCGCAAGAACCUUACAAUGAUGAAAAAAUGAAGGAAAUUUUCCAGUUGACAGUAAUGGCAUUUGAGAAACUGUCGUAUGUGCCUGGUCGCUGCCAUUCCAAGGCCCUACAGAUUCUUGAGACUUUUGCAAAAGUCAGGUCAUGCUUGUCGAUGCUGGAUCUAGAGUGUGAUGCAUUAGUUGUUGAGAUGUUUCAACAAUUUUUAAGAAUCAUUCGGUCCAAUCACCCUCAUGCGGUAUUCACAGACAUGGAAACAAUCAUGACAAUGGUCAUAGAAGAAAGUGAAGAAGUCUCAUUUGAUCUUUUGCAUCCUCUCCUAUCUAGUGUCAAAAAGGAAAAUCAGAAUGUUUCACCUCUUUCGUGGAAGUUGGGAGAGAGAGUCUUAGAAAACUGUGCUGCUAAACUCAAACUUUAUCUCCCAGACGCAGUGAAAUCCAUGAGCUUGGACGUAAAUGAAUAUGCUCAAAUAGUAGCUUCAAUAUGCCAGGAUGCGCCUGGAAGAGAACAUAUGGCUGAUAAAGAGGUUCCACCAAAUGCUGAUUCUCUUCCAGAAAUUUGUCCAUCCAAUUCAGCAAUGGGUGAUGGCCCCUCUGAAACAAGGAAUAAUGAUGCCAUGGAUGAUGAUAUUGCUUCGAAGACAUUAGAACGGUGUCAUCAGACUAAGCAGCACAAAAGAACUGAUGCAAGAAAGGAUUUCCAACCUGAAACUUUUGAUGCCACAAAAGCAGUGCAACCAGAAACAGAGGCAGCAGUUCCAAAGAAAAGGGGUAGAAAACCCAAUUCUCUGAUAAAACCAGAGGAGGGAUAUAAUCAUUCUUGGAUUAGUGGGGGCAACCGAUCUCUUGAAGUGUCUUGUCACACGAAUCAUCUGGAGAAGAAAGUUGGUAGUUCAGCAAAAAGUCCAGUUUCCAAGGAGUUGGCUUUGCCAUCAGACCCAGAAAAGGAGACAAAGACUUGUGUUAUUCCACCAAAAACAUCACUUGGUGAAAGCAUGAGUGCUUCCCUAUCUCAAAACCAUAGUACUCCCGAUGGUAGCCAUCGCAGAAGGGGUCGGCCAAAGAAGAAAGAGAACAUGGUAAGUCAGGAUGUUGGUCUGGAUAUGCCAUCAGUUCCAGUGCAAGACUUGGUGAGAACUCGUGGUAAGGGGAAAGCUUCAUGGUCUGCAGAUGUUGGUUUGGGAAAGGAAUCUGGAAACACAAGAGAUUUAAUAGCAAAACCCAGGAACGGCUCAAGGAAAAAUGAACGUGCUGCUAAGACUAAUAUGAAGACAACUCUGUCUCUUAACGAUGCAGUGGUAAAGAGGGAAGAAGGGUUCCUUACUGAUCCAGAAGGGAAAAAAGAGUCCUCAAUUCAUUACCAUAAGAAACAGAGAAAGGGGAAAACUGCUUCUGAGAAGCAUGUUAAGGAAGAAUCUGGAGACAAGAAAAUGGUCUUUCAAUCUGCUACCAAAUUUUUAGACAGAGAUGAAAACCAGUUGGGCGAAACUUCUAAGACCAAAUACAAGAGAAAGCAGAGUCCACGAAAGGAAGAGGAUUCCAAAAUGAGUCAUCUUAUCAAAGACUACGAUGAGGAAUUGGUUGGUUGCAGGAUCAAGGUUUGGUGGCCAUUGGACCGAAAGUUUUACGACGGAGUUAUUUCUUCUUUUGACCCUGUGAAAAAGAAGCACCAGGUUUUAUAUGCUGAUGGUGAGGAAGAAAUCUUGAACCUCAGUAGGGAACGCUGGAAGCUAGUUGAGGAAAUGUCGGAAGACCGAGGCGGCGAUUUGCGAGAUUCUACACGACAGGAACAAGAGACUGAACUUCCAAGACCCGCUGCUUUAUCUGUUAUGAAUCCCAGUUCAUCUGAACUCUCAGCUCAUUAAUGGAUGGAUAGAAGAAAUGCAGGAAUGCUAUUGGAAUUUGAUCCUACGUUAAACACUUGUUAACUUCCUCCAUAUCUGAUUUAUCCUGGUCUAUCGUUGUAUCAUCCUAUAUCCGAUACUCAUUUGGGACAUUGUGUAUUGUUAACCUAAUCGAUUUGUCUUCUUUUUUUCAUCAUCAUGUAUACAUCAUUGUCAUCACGCCUGUUUUUUAUUCUUCUGCUGAUGUAAUAUAUAAUACUGUUGCACAUGCUCUGGUAUGGAAAUAGUCUUAAAAGUGUUGACUUCUGUUGGAUAUGCCCCCGUGCUCAUGGGAAUGUGUGUGUAUGAGGACAGAGGUCACAUUGGACCAAUAUAACUUUGUGAAGCAUAAGCCAUAAUAUGCAUACGAGAUGUAAGAUGAUUUCUACAUUCCCCCUCAAGCUGGACCAUUUAUUCAUCCAUGCCCAGCCCUUCAUGCACAUCCGCACAAUCACAGUUUUCUAUGCUUCCUUACACAGGACUGCUUUGUUUUUUCUUUAAACAAGAUCACUUACAAACACAUUUGAAGCUUCCUUAUGCAUACUUAGCAUUAAUUGAAAGUUAGGUCACCCGCAUUUUAAUUGGAUGUGUUGGUGCAUAGUUGCACUGGUUAUGUGUGAUUUAAAAUACUUAUAAGCUUCCUUUCUCUUUAUCUGAUUACAAGAACCUAGUUCUAUAGUGGAUAUAAUAUUUCCUCUCUAUAGCGAUAAUCCAGGCGGUUUAUUCCCCAAGCCUUUUGAAUAUAAUGGCCUAGAAUACUAACUAUUUCUAGCGUCAAUCUCUUCUUAUUCAUUUGUACCUUAUCAAUUGAUGCUGCUAUCCAUGUACAUUCUGGAUUGUUAAUGGACCCUUUUCUUUUGAUCCUUUUGUUGGUGAAACUUCCACUUCAUAAACAUACUGAUUCAGUCUUGACUUUCGUUAUGCAUGGCACUUAUUAGUGCAGAAUGAGAGUAGCAAUGGAGCGUUAUCAAACAAAUAGAAACACUAGUCAAAAGAAAUACCAUCAGGCAAUUCCUGAAUUGGCAUUAAGUAGCAUAAAGAAAAAAACUGUAUCCAACCUAUACACCGUGACAUGUAAAAUGAACCCACGGGAAUGACAAUGAAUUAUUCUAUGUAUGCCACAGAUAUGAUUUGUGUCAUGGGCUGCUAUUUCGGUUUUCAUUUUCUUGACUGACAUCUAGUGGUUUUUGGUUGUCGUCUGGAGCAGGCCUCGGAAGAAGGCAAAGACAAAAUCAGAUUCCUCAUUAAAGAGGAAAAACAAUGUGUCUUCAUCAAAACGAAUAACUUCUUCUGACAAACUCAAAAGUGAAGCUCCAAGAUCUGGCAGCAAAUCUGCAGAUGGUUCUACACCUGAUGCUCAUUGCAUUGGCAGUAAAAUUGACGAUAACAAAACCGAAACAGGUAACUUGUUAGAUGGUGAUGGUAAAAAAUCUAGCGGCAAACCAAAGACUCAGACACUAGGGACUACCAUGAAGCGUAAGCAUGGCACCUCCCAGCUUAUAAUUAAGUUCAAAAUUGAAACCCCCAAAGUUGAGAGUCAAUCCUGAACUAGCAGAGCGAGAGAGAGAGAUCAUCUCCGUGAAUCAAUAUAUGGAGGAAGGGACCAUGCCAAGUCAGUUGAUGCACAAGCAAAUGAGGAUGGGUCAGCUGAAAAUUUUGCUCUCAUUUUUGACCUGAUCCCUUAGAACAGGGAAGUGUGACUAUUUAAAUGUCAUGUAGUUUCUAACAUCUGUGAGCUUAGGAGACCAUCUUUUUGUAAGCUUGACCUGAACUUUCAGUUGUGUCAAGAAGCUAUGUAUAGUGUAUGUCAAAUGAACGACCGUCUCAUAUUAAAAUUCAUUCAGGGUCUGGGCAUUCUAUUUGCCCAGAUGGAAACUUUGUCUUGGCUAUGGAGUGGUUGUAACUAAUAGAGCAUAUGGUAUAAAGGUUUAUAGAUGUACUUUUGAUGAUUCACCAACACUCUCAUAGUCCAGCUCUCUUUUUUG